AUGGGUGCAAACGAGAGUGCCAUGAUUCAAGUGAACUUCAAUCGAUCAACUGAAUUUUAUUUUCCAGGUGAACAUGUAUCAGGAGAAAUCUUAUUUCAAAAUAAGCAUGAUAGACUGAAAUUAGUAGAGAUAUUUAUCGAAAUUGUCGGUGAACUUGCUUAUACAACAGCAGAGAGUCGUUCUUCUACAGAUUCAAAUGGAAACUCGACCACAGAAUACUAUACUGAUUAUCAUCACAUACCAUUUUUCACCAAUCAUUUACCUCUUGCUCGACCCGACAGUUUACAAGAGAAAAUAAUUCUGAAUCGUGGUACAUACACAUGGCCAUUUGAUGUUAGUCUUCCCGAAAAUUUACCUCCAUCGUCAAGUCCGAAUGUCGGCGCUUACCCUCACAUCAAAUACUACGCUCAAAUCGUUCUUAACAGACCACGAUUCAAAGUGAACGUUACACGAACUUACCCGUUGAUGAUUUAUCUUCGUAUGAAUCAUUUUCGUAUGGAUGACGUGCAAAACCCGCUUUCCUUUGACAAACAGAAUCGCAAACAACUUCGUCUACAUGGUUAUCUACGUCAUAGUCAGAUUGUGCCUGGUCAAUCGUUGUCUGUUCAAAUAAAUGUUCACAACCCUGAACGAACUGAAAUCAAAAGAAUCGACGCCGCAUUCAUUCAACAUCGAAAAACUGCGCUCAACCAUAAUGACGAAGUUAUCUUUUCUAUCAAUCUACCAGGUUUGAACGAGUUCAAUGAAUUAUAUUUUCAACGUGAUUUCGGUCUACCAGUACCUUCUAUUAAUUUAACACCUACACACACAUUCUCGACAUUGCAUAGUGAUCAUUCGUACAAUUUUAACGUUGACUAUGAACUUUUACUGCGGGUGAAAUCCCAUGGAAUAUUCACGAACUUUGAAGUAAGCAUUCCAGUCGUUGUUGGCACAGAAGCAAUAUUAGGAGGACAUCAACAAAACAAUGGCUUUGACGAGACUGACUUGCCACCAAGUUAUGAAACAGUAACUAAAACUAUGCAAGCUUCUUAG